CGGUGUCUAAUCUUCUUAAUUAAAACGCCCUCCUGAUUGGACAGAGUGAUAAUCCCGCGGGGCCUCGCGCUCUUACUCGCUCACUCGUAGGACUGAGCGCGAGUCUCAAUCUGCCCAGGGCGAGGGCAAGACGCGCUGCAAGAACGAGCAAGUUCAGACGAGGCGUCUAAAGUGCACGCAACAUCACUGUCUGCGCACAAACGCGUUACACAAGCGUUCAACGUGACAGGGAAAGAUCGCUGCUGGAAGAGUGAUUUCACUUUCAACACCACUUCUGAGGACACCAACCAAAGACAGCGCGAGGACUCGUGUAGAAGAGGGUUAGAAAGUUUCCGACCUGCUCUCUGUUUUUUGUUUUAUUUGUUUUCUCCAAGAUGAAUGCCGGGGAAGAAAACUUGCUGAAAUCGAUCAGUAACGACACCCUGCUGGACCUGACGCAACGGUACGGACAGUCCGCUUUUGGUUUCGGCGCUGGCCAUGGUGCUGGAAGUCCUGGCCGUUUCUCCCUCACACCUGCCGCGGAAUUCCUCUCCGGUCAAACAGGAAAGUCGAACGAAAGUGGCGGGGAGCAGACCAGCGACGACGACGACGGCUUCGACCACAUCGAGAGCCGUAAGAGACCUGCUGGGUUCGACGAGGACACGCAUUCAGGUACUCUCGCCAAAAAGCCGAAAGAGCAGAGAUCUCUCCGGCUGAGCAUCAACGCGCGUGAGCGGAGACGAAUGCACGACCUCAACGACGCACUGGACGGCUUGAGGUCUGUGAUUCCUUACGCUCACAGUCCGUCUGUGAGAAAACUGUCUAAAAUCGCAACUUUGCUUCUUGCAAAAAACUACAUCCUAAUGCAGGCACAAGCGCUGGAGGAAAUGCGCCGGUUGGUGGCUUAUCUAAACCAAGGACAGACAAUAACUUCACCGAUGCCCACCGCGCUGGCGCCUUUCGGACAGGCGGCUGUAUACCCGUUUUCCGGCACGGCACUUGCCACCUGCGCGGAGAAAUGCAGCUCGUUCUCCGGGACCCCCUCCAAUCUCUUCAAACACUGCAACGACAAGCCUUGAGCCUAAACUUCUACCUGCUUUAUCAUUGUGUCGGUCAAAAUGCGCGUUGUUUGGAGUGGGUUUAGGUUUAUUUAAAUCCCUGCUAAAUGUCUGAAUAACUACGAUGUUUCAUCCAGAUUUACUAGAUAAUAUUGUUAAAUAAAUUCAGUAUCAACUGAGGUCCACCGUAUUAUUGGAAUACGAUUCUAAAUCUCUCAGUUUCCUGAUUUCCCCUUUUCAAGCUAAGGAUUAAAAUAUAUUUGUGGAAAUAAAAUAAGUUUUUGUACUUGACCACAGCUUGUGGAGAAUCUGUUUCUUUAUACAAACCCCAAGUUUCCCCCUUUCCUUAUUGGUGAACUAUGCAAUUUACUGCAAUGGAAACGACAAGACCCCUAAAAUAACUUAACAAAUUAGUUUUGUGAAAGAAUGGUUGCAGAACAAGUUUGUCUGAAAUGAUUAAACAGCGCUGUUUAUUAGGAAGAACGGCGUAACAUUUUAAAAUCAUUGGCCUGAAAGAUUUUGUUUUUGUUAUUGCACAAUUCACUUGAUUGUAUUGUACAACUGUGAAGAACUACUUGAUCAAGCCUACAAAAGCAUUUGAUCUUGUUGCGACAUAAGUUUCAUACUGUAUAUUGUUUAUAUGUCUUUAUAAUUAAAACAUAUAUCUAUGAAAA